AUGAUUGACGAUAACACCUACAAGACUCUUUUCGACGCUAUCGACGCUCGUCAGGAAGAAUUUGUCAAAGUUCUUAAGGAAGCAGUCGCAAUCACCUCCGUGUCAACAGAACCGGAGCGACGUCCUGACUGCGUGAAGAUGGUUAUGUGGAUGAAAAAGAAGUUUGAAGGAGUCGGAGCGAAAACACAAGUCGUUGAAAUUGGAAAGCAAAAACUUCAUGAUGGCAAAACCAUUGAUUUGCCGCCCGUAUUAUUUGUUACACUAGGAGAUGACCCCAACAAGAAAACUGUGCUUAUCUAUGGCCAUCUCGACGUCCAGCCUGCUUACAAGGAGGACGGUUGGAAUACCAAUCCUUGGGAGUUGACGGAAAUUGACGGAAAACUUUAUGGAAGAGGUUCUACCGAUGACAAGGGACCAGCUAUCUCUUGGGUGCACGUCAUUAGUGUUUUCCAGAAGAAAGGAAUUACCAUACCCGUCAACCUCAAGGCAUCUGGCAGAGGAAUCGGAUCUUACUCUUUGUUGUUAGCAGGAUUUUUCACAUGUACGAAAAUCGCUCAAACUUCCAACAAAUAUGAUCAAUUUAGAGGUCUCUGCUAUUACUUCAUCGAAAUUGAUUGUGCCAAACAAGAUCUUCACUCAGGGUCAUAUGGAGGCAGCGUGUUGAAGGACUAUUUUAUAUUGUUUGUUUAUCGUACAAUUUCAUUCAUCAGGCCAGAAGCAAUGACCGACUUGGUGUGGGUUAUGUCACAGUUGCUUGAACAAGAUGGCACAAUAAAAGUUCCCGGCAUCUACGAUACUGUUGCACCUCUUACUGACGAAGAGAAGAGCCUAUAUUCUAAGAUUGAUUUCGACAUGGAGGAUUAUAGGAAAGACAUCGCUGCACAUGGACUUCUGAAAAGCACUAAAGAAGAGGUGUUGAUGAGCCGUUGGCGUAAUCCAUCUCUGUCACUUCAUGGGAUUGAAGGUGCAUUCGCCAGUGCUGGAGCAAAAACUAUCAUUCCUUGUAAGGUUAUAGGCAAGUUUUCGAUCCGUAUUGUCCCGAAUAUGACUCCCGAAAUAGUGGACAAACUUGUCCUUGACUACUUGAAUGACCUGUGGGCUAAGCGCGGAUCUCCUAAUCGCUUCAAAGCUACUGCACAUCACAGUGGUAUGCCAUGGGUAGGUGAUUACAAGGAUGAUAACUUCCGAGCUGGGGUACGUGCAACCAAAAGGGUUUACGGCGUGGAACCUGAUUACACUCGCGAAGGUGGAAGCAUUCCCAUCACGCUUGCGUUCCAGGAUUUGACGGGUAAAAGUGUUAUGUUGCUGCCAAUUGGUGCCGGCGAUGACAUGCCCCAUUCGCAAAACGAAAAGAUGAACCGCUCUAACUACAUUCAGGGCACAAAGCUAAUGGCGGCCUACCUCCUCGAACUUGUAGCGUGA